AUCGCAUUCAUUCAUAAUUCUCGGUAUUUGCCCAGAUCUAUCAAAAUACCAUUUUUAAUUUGAUAGCGAGUCCACUUUUCAUAAGUACACUUAAUCUUUUCAAAUCAAUGUGGUUUCUUAUCGAUUCAUUAGCUCAUAAAUUAAUAAUAAUGAAUGAACUCUAUAUAUUGUUUGACCUUUGUAUAAUUUAAAAUAAAAACUAUCUCUGGUUUCCUACAAUGUUGAGAAAAUGAAGAUUUUUCGUUUUCAUUAGUUCGCUUGUAAUUCCCAAGUUGUUUUUCGCCAACGCUGACGUAUAAAUGAGGGUGACGGCUGGCGAAAUCGUUGUGUUGUUUGGAAGGAGAGCAAGUUAGCACUCCCCUAGACAAGGAUGGAACACAUAAACGAACGGUGGGGCACAAGACGAAGCCGUUCACAAGUUUUUUUUUUUCAACAAAGUUAAAUAAAUCACAGUGAAAAUCAUAACGAUAAAAAAAAAGUUUUAUAAGAGACGGACUUUACUAUAGCAAUAAAAAUCGGAACGAAGAUAAUUAUUAAUGCACGCGAUAUUAACAUGUUUAAAUAUUUAGAAUUUAUUUAAACGUAACUUAUUAAUAAUUAAUGAUUAGAAGAGUCAGUUCUAAAACAUACAAAGCAUAAACUGAACGAGAUAAGUCUAAUAACUGAAAGUCUAAUAACUGAUAUCCAUCUUUAAAUUGCUUUCCGGUAUUUUCUGAAUUGUCUUUUUUUUUAUUAUAAUGAUCAAUAUUUAAUGUGAUCAGUCGUAAUUAUAGUUAUAUUAUAUAGUUUGCAUAGAAUAAUGUUAGCACCAUGUAUAAUCUAGUUGGCUAAUUUGCAGAUAAUUAUGUUGCUUAUUGAAUCGUGUCUUGAACAAAUAGAUAAUGUAAAAUGACUAAUGUUAAAAAGUUCAAUUGAAUCAUGCGAAGAGGACUCAUCGUGUUCGGAAUUCUAAUCAUUUGGAUGACUAUCCAGUUGAGAUACAAUGAAGCAGUUAUUUUCAAGUUAACAAACGCAGUUUGCAAAACUCAUAACCGGUCAUGGGUUUCCAUAAAUAAAUGUCGGCUACGUGCGAUUGCCCGCAAUAAGGCUGCCUUCUAUUUUAAUGCAUCCUUCUUACAGCCGACCAAGAACAUUUUCCUUGAGGCGCAAAUCCUCAAGAGAGCAAGUGGUUUCAAACCGUGGCUUUAUAAAUUCAGUCUGGAUUGUUGUCGAUUUCUCAAGAAGUCAUAUAAUCCGGUUGCUAUUAUCAUGUAUAAUUUGUAUAGUGGAUUUUCUAAUCUCAAUCACACGUGUCCCUAUGAGGGUGAUCAAAUAAUUGAUGGCUUUUAUCCACGUUAUGAGCUGUUACAUGGCCUGCCUUUGCCAACUGGUGACUAUUUAUUGGAAAUGACUUGGUUAUUUUAUAACAAACCUCAAUUUUUGAGAAAUGUGUAUUUUCAAUUCACAGAAGAUUUGUAAUAGCGUAGUUAUGUCAUAAUAAAAUAAUCAUAUUAUAUUACAUAUCUAAAAUUUUCAAAAAUAAAUUAAAGCAAAUGACAUUAGUUAAAUAAUUUAUUUUUUGCU